UUCUAGGCUCGGGGAUUUAGGUUCGGAGUUAGGUUCGGAAUAUAUUCUAGUCGACAUUGGGAGAGGAGAUAAGAAGGUGGACUCUUUCUCCUUUGCUCUUCAGACUCUUUCUCUGCAAGUAAAAGAUACCAAUCUCUCUCUCUCUCUCUCUCUCUCUCUCUCUCUCUCUUUCGCUUUCUUUAAACCCCUUUCUCUCUCUAAAAACCCAUCCUUUUUUAAGUAAAACUUUGUGGUGCUGACUCGAGUAAAGGUUCGGUCUUUUACUGCAUUCUGAAAUGGCGAUUGAAGAUUACGAGAACCCAAAUCGAGAAAUCAAACCUAAGAACAGAAGAUUCAUGGGAGCUGGUGGACUUAAGGACGAAGAUAUUCAAUGGCCGUCAUGGCUGAAACCUUUACUAAAAGAACACUUUUUUGGUCAAUGCCAGUUUCAUGGAGACUCACCUAAAAGCGAAUGCAAUAUGUAUUGCUUAGACUGUACCAAUGACUCGCUUUGUUCUCUUUGUCUUCCUCACCACAAGAACCAUCGUACCAUUCAGAUAAGGAUAUCAUCUUAUCAUAAUGUGAUAAGGGUUAAUGAGAUACAGAAGUAUUUGGACAUAUCAAGCAUUCAGACAUAUGUGAUAAAUAGCGCAAAGGUUUUGUUCUUGAAACAGAGGCCUCAGCCUAGGCCUGGUAAAGGGUUUCCUAAUACCUGCAAGGUCUGUGAUCGUGGCCUUGCUGAAAAUUGCUUCCGCUUCUGCUCUAUUGGCUGCAAGGUUGCAGGAACAUCUGGAAGAUUCGAGAAGGGAGUGAAGCAUCAUAGACUGAAUGAAUCAGAGGAUUCAAGCAACAGUUCUGGUGUAGAGAAUGAAAGUUCCGAGAAUGACAAUUCAAAUCUGCAGAGUUUCAUCCCACCAACACCUCAAUUCCCUCCUGGUUCAUUCCGAAAGCGACGAAGAAAGGGAAUUCCUCACCGAGCUCCACUAAGUUGAGACUGGAUCAAGAAGAAGUUUUUUGUUACGUUUUCAGGGCUCUUUAAUAUAUAUAUAUAUAGAGACCUCUCUUCCAAAAAAAAGUUGUAUAGCUAUAUAGAGGCAGGGUUUUUACUUUCUUUCAAGUGUAUUAUUAUACACCAAAGAAAGGCCUUAAGAUAGUAGUAUGAAGUAGUCAAAUAACUAAGUAAGUGUAUAUAUAAGAUACAAUAUCUUUAUCUUC